GAGAGACGAAAGAAGGAGCGGGAAGAAGAGGAAAAGCGCUUGGCUGAACAACGUGCCAUUGAUGACCAGAAGAGGAGAACCGAAGAUGAGGAGAGACAGCGCAAAAAGCGAGAAGAGGAACAACGCAAGAGAGAGGAGCGUGAAAAAAAGAAGGCGGAAUUCGAAGAGAAGUCAAAAAUGGCAAAUCGGCCCAAUUUCGUUAUCAGCAAGAAAGCUGGGGAAAUCCUCCAACUUUUCUCUUCCAUGCGACCAUAUUACAAAGUAGUCACCCAGGUACCGUAUAAGAACUCUUGGAAACAGUGGGACACAUUGGAAUUCUCUUUUAAUUUGUCCAUACAUGCAUUUGCCAAUAGAGGAUAUCCUGUUCUCGAUCCCAAAUUUCUAACAGGGCCGUGA